UAUACGUCCUUUGUUCCGUCUUUCAGUUUAAUACCCACUUGGAUUCUGAUUUUGAUUCUUCAUCUGUUACGUUGUUCUUUUUUUUUCCCUUCGAUUCUCUCGCCCUUCAAUUCCCCAUCUCUCGUUAUUUAUUGAUAUCCUUCUUUGCCCCACUUUGAUUUCAUGCCUUUUUUUGUUCCCCUUGAUCCUUUAGGCCUCCUUCUUGUAUUCUCUACUGAGACUCGGUGUCUUCCUGUUCCCCUCGUUUUUCUACCCUCUGUCUCUCUCUCUCUCUUUUAUAUAAGCGUAUUCAACGGUUCAGCGACGGCGCAGUGCGGCGAAAAAGACUUUGGGGUGUACCGGCGAAAUGGCGGCGAUGUUGUUAUCUUAGGGGGUUUCUUGGGUAGCCUUUUUAUGGUAUUCAGAUUUAUUCAAUUGAUAUGUCAUAUCUAUCCAACCGGUUAUCGUAUAUACAAUGGAUAUCUCCAAUUCCACUUCUCACUUGAUGGUUGAUGGCAAAACCCAUCUAUUCACCUCUUCGCAUAUUUGUUUAUCCAUUUCGACAUCAAUUC